CUGAUCAUCGGCGGCGGCAUGUCCGGCUGCGGCGCCGCCUUCGAGGCCAAGUUCUGGGCUGGCGACAAGCGCGUCGUCCUCGCCGAGAAGGCCGUCAUCGAGCGCAGCGGCGCCACCGGCGAGGGCCUCUCGGCCAUCAACUGCUACAUGGGCCAGCGCUACGGCUGGAACACACCCGAGGACUUCGUCAACUAUGUCGUUAACGACAUGAUGGGCCUCGCCCGCGAGGACCUGGUCUACGACAUCGGCCGUCACGUCGACAACUCAGUCCAUCUCCUCGAGGAAUGGGGCCUCCCCAUCUGGAAGCAGGAAAACGGCCAGUACGAGCGCAUCGGCCGCUGGCAGAUCCCAUCCACGGCGACCAUCACCCACCUCCUCACCGACGAUGAUGACCCCGGCAAGAUCGCCGGCGCCUGCGGCUUCUCGGUCCGCGACAACAAGUUCUACGUCUUCCGCUCCCCCGUCGUCAUUAUCACCACCGGCGGCGCCUCCAACGUCUUCCGCCCCCGCUCCGUCAGCGAGGGCCUCGGCCGCACCUGGUACUCCGUCUUCGCCACCGGCUCCGCCUACGGCCUGAUGAUCCCCGCCGGCGUCGAAAUGACCCAGAUGGAGCACCGCUUCGUGCCCACGCGGUUCAAGGACGGCUACGGCCCCGUCGGCAUGUGGUUCCAGUACUUCCACGCCAAGAUGUUCCUCGAUGUGCGCGACGGCUACGGGCCCAUGUACAUGCGCACCGACCUUGCCAUGCAGGCCCUCUCCGGUGGCGACCACACCCGAGAAAAUGGAACAUGUCAGGAAUGA